UAACGCACACAGCGUCCAUACAACAACCGUAUUUCUGCGCUAGAUCCCGCCGGACCACGAUAUAUUAACAUUAGUUACGUAUAAAAUUAUCCCCGUUAAAUAAAAUCACAAUGAAGUGGUUGCUGUGUUAUAUAUGUGUGUGGUUGUGUGGCAGCGUUAUGGGAAAUUUGAAUUUUACAUAUGACAUGGUAAACAGUUGCAGAGAAUAUACUUGCCAGCAUGGCUAUUUAUAUGAAACCUUCUUCAGGGCUGAUUCUGAAGAAUAUAGGCGCGAGAAGUCAGAUGAGAGUGUAGUUUUUGAGAUGCAUCUGGCAAUUUUGGGGGCUAGUAAUGGACAUAUUUUGUUGUCUACGGUUGCAUUUCCCCAAGCCAGCGAUCCUGUUUAUGAAAUCGUUAUUGGUGGUGGAGGAAACAAAUUUACCGAAUUACGUAGAAAUUUACGGAGAAAUGCCAAAACAUCAGUGAAAACCCACAAAAUACUAUCACCAAUAGAGUUUAAAGCAUUUUAUAUUAAAAUUACUGAAGAUGGUGUUAUCGAAUUCGGAAAAGAAGGAGAUCCUCUACCGGUCUUCACGUUUAUGGAUGUAGACCCAAUAAGUAUUAAUUACUUCAGCUUUGCUGCGUGGUCGGGGGUGGAAAUAAAAUUCCUUUAUGACUGCCCAAUACCUGGCUCCAAGAGUAAAGACACUCCAAAUUCGCAAGCCGUGGAUCCUAAACUAUCCAACUCGGACAAACUGAAACGCACGUUAUUAUCAGACAAAGACCCAAUAAUACCGCCGUCUCCGCAAGUCACAGUUCAGUUGGGAGUUAAGGUUACUAGUGUUGCAUACGACGCUUUCGAAUCUAAAUUGACAACAGGGGCGUCUAUAGUAAUGAAAUGGACAGACAACAGUAUGGCAUGGAAUCCAAGCAAAUUCAACAACACGGAUAGUCUCACCUUUCGAUUGGGACAAAUAUGGAGCCCUCAGUUUUAUGUUUUUAAUUCAGAUUCCAUCGGGUUACUAGACGCUAGGAACCCAGAACUAAUCAGGAUGGUGAAUAGCGGUGAAGCAACCUACCACAUGCAUGUAUCAAUCAACACUUGGUGCUUCGACUAUGGCAGUUCUUUGACCAGAUGGCCGCGCGAUGAAUAUGUCUGUGCGAUUGUAAUUCAGCCAUGGGAAGCGCAUGAAAGGAUUACGUUAAAAAAUGUCGAUGUAAAUAACAUGAAAGCUUUCGCGCUCACAGAUGUUGUCAUACAGAACGCAUGGGAGAUUUCAUCUACCCACUUCAUUGUUAAUGUCAGUUCGUGGAACGAAAUGUACCCGACAGACGACAAUUCAACUCACCAGAGUGAUCGAUUUGUGCUCAAAGUGCAUUUAAAGAGAAACGCUACAGCUUAUAACAUCGUGUUUUAUACUCCUUUACUAGUUCUCGUAACUUUCGUGCUCCUCUCAUUCUGGACAGAGCCAGUGAAUUUAUCGAGAGUUUGGUUUUACACCAGUUGCGUCAUUGUCAUUUGUUUGGGAUUAUGUUAUAUUGACUACAUGGUACCCUGUCACACAAUACCUUCUAUAUUGGUAUUAUACAUAACAGUACUGGGCGGUAUAUUACUGGCGAUAUUUAUACAAGUGGCACUAAUGACUUCACUCGCCCAACGGGUCUGCAGAAGCUCCAUAAUGCAGAACAUUUUGACGGCCCAAUGGUUUAGAUCACUGUUCUGCUUACCACAUUUAAGGAUUUGUCAAAUUUACGACACAAUAAACGAAAGCUGUUCGAACCAAGAUGACGACGACUCUGGUGUGGUGGCUCCGAAGAACGGCAACAUAGAGGAGAUGCAGGCUGACAAAGUGCAGUCUAGCGAACAAAAGGAACUGGCAGAAGCGAUCGAUAAACUCAUGUUCGUCGUUUACUCUGUGGCAUUUGCUAUUAUGUUAGCGCUACAUUUUUAAUUGUACUGGGUUAAUACAUACAUAAACAUAACUCGUAAAAUAACGUUUUAAAUGUGACCCAAAUCUUGUAAAUAAAGCUUUUGAACAAA